UAAUGUGAAAAGUUUAACAUGGACCUUCGCCUGGGUCUCUCGUCCCAUGUGAUGUUAGAGAAGGACAGGAUGAGACAUAUAUGCAAAUUUAUUUCCGCGAAGGUUCACCAUCAGGAUUGCAAAAAGGAAUGAUUGUUCGGCAAAGUACCACACUGCUUUCCAGAGCAGUGUAGCCCGCACACAGACACGACGCCUCCUCCGGCGGAUGCACCUGCUGUCAACUUGCUAGCCGUAGUUAUCGGGAUUCGGUGUGUCUUUUCACUUCAAGUGUGAUCGCCUUUAAACUUCCAUCAAAGAAGAUGGAUGUCCUGUCUUCCAACAUCUCUAACGGAAACGUUACACAAACACACCCGGUCAUGUCCAUCGACAAACUCUUCCCUGCUCUCCUCGAGUGUUUUGGCAUCAUCUUAUGUGGAUACGUCGCGGGACGAGCCGGCAUCAUCACGUCGACACAAGCCAAGGGACUGGGGAACUUCGUGUCAAAAUUUGCUCUUCCGGCAUUGCUGUUUAAGAGCAUGGUGGAGUUAGACUUAAACAAUGUCAUUUGGUCUUUUUUAUGGAGCAUUCUCAUCGCCAAAACAGCAGUGUUCUUCAUCGUUGGAGUUGUUACUCUGUUAGUCACCGGCCGCGAGAGCCGAUUUUCCAAAGCUGGCCUCUUUUCCAUCUUUGCCACCCAGAGUAACGACUUCGCAUUGGGGUACCCGAUUGCUGAGGCUCUGUAUAGAAAUUACCAUCCCGAAUAUCUCCAGUACAUCUACCUGGUGGCUCCCGUGUCCCUCAUGGUCCUGAACCCAGUGGGCUUCGCCUUCUGUGAGAUCCAGAAGUGGCAGUCCAAUCAGGAACGGCAGCAGAGUAAGUUCCAGAUCGUGGGAGUGGCGUUCCUGCAGGUCCUGAAGAACCCCAUCGUCUUCAUGGUGAUCAUCGGGAUCGUGAUGCACUUUCUGCUGGGGCAGAAGAUCCCUGGUUUCAUGGAAGAGUUUGUUAACGGUCUGGCGAACUCCUUUGGAGGGGCGGCUUUGUUUUAUCUGGGCCUGUCCAUGGUCGGGCAGCUGAGGAAACUGACCCGCUCCGCUGGAGUAGCUCUUAUUCUGCUCAUCACGGCCAAACUGCUGAUGUUGCCGCUGAUGUGUCGGGGAAUGGUUGAAUUUCUGAACACUGGGAAUGGCAGUUCCCUCGACCACUCCAGUCUCUCCAACUACGCCUUCCUGUACGGAGUCUUCCCCACAGCCCCCAGCGUGGCCAUCUACGCCGCACACUACGGCAUGGAGAUAGAAGUCGUGACCUCGGGUAUGGUGAUUUGCACGUUUGUCUCUGCUCCCAUCAUGUACGUGUCCGCCUGGCUCCUCACCAUAUCGUGGAUGGAUCCCAAGCCGCUGGCCACCGCUCUCCAGAAUGUCUGUUUCAACAUCAGUAUCAUCUGCUUAAUCGCCCUGGUGUGGACUGUGGCCGUGAUGUUGCUGAGUAAGAAGUUCCGGAGACUUCCUCACCUGCUCUCGGUGAAUCUGUUUGUGGCACAGCUAAUGGUGUGUAUUGGCAUGAUAAUUUGGAACUUCGUGGUGGAGCAGGACAACUUCAUCGGACAGGUGUUAACUUUCCUGCUGCUCUACAGUUCUCUCUACAGCACCUAUGUGUGGCCAGGUCUCAUUGCGCUGUCUCUGGUCUUCCUGAAGAGGGAGCGUGAGCUGAGCCUGUCUCCGCGUCUGCUGGCGAUCAUCGGUUGGGGAUUACCACUUCUUGCCAUGGCGAUCCUGCUAAUUAGUGGGAGCAAGAUGCCCGACACCAUUGACUCUGCUUUCUUUUACGGAAGACUUCAGAUCAUCUGCUCUGCAGUGGUGUUAAUCGGUAGUAUCAUUGUGGGAGGUGUCAGUCUGAUGAUUCUGAGUCGAGGAACACAGAGCUAUCAGAACCUUGAUCAGGGCUCACUGUCUGGUACCACUGAGGAUGUCUCUGCCCAGUCCAGCCCAGUCACACAGACCAGUCCAGGGCCUGGUGCCCAGUAUGAGAGCAUUAAUGGAGAUUGUUAUAGGUGUUCUCCGGCACAGACUAUACCUGACAGAGUCGACACCACACAGAUGAACGGCUCUCUAUGCACACAGACUGGUCCAUGCGGGCUGGGCUGUGAUGUCACACACUGCCUGCUGGCGCAGGAGGAACAGCGGAGUCAAGAUUCAGACAUACAGCAGGCCAGACACGUACUGCUCUGUCUGCUACUGACAAUCAGCAUGCUCGCUAACUUUGCGAGCUGUGUCUGGUGGCUGGUUAGCGAGGUUCCUGGCAGACUGUAUGUGGAGUUACAGUUUUUCUGUGCUGUGGCCAACUACGGACAGGGCCUGAUUUCAUUCAGUCUGUUCGGCCUUGACAAACACUUAAUCAUUCUGCCAUUCAAAAAGAGGUUAACCAGGCUUUGGCAGGCUCUCUGUCUCAGAGAGGAACAUACUGAGACACUGACUGAGGAGAUAAGACUGACGUGUUCUCAGUUCAUUCACUACCAUAAAGACCAGUGUGUCCAGGACAUCGUCCAAAAGAAGAGGUGUGGGGAGUCCAGUCUGGUCCAGACGUUUCUGGGCUCUGACAUGGUAGCGUGGCUUCAGAGGGUCGGGUUGGCCCAGGACCAGGGUGAGGCCCUGCGCUACGGCUCCCGCCUGCUGGAGGGCGGAGUCAUACGACCUAUCACCCAGGACUACGGUUUCCAGGACGACUGCCUUCACUACUGCUUCAUAGAGGAAGACACGAACCAUCAGUAGGCAUCUUAUCUCUGGACAGCGAGAAAACUACCCUGAAGAGAUUAAAAUAACAAUAAUAAUAAUAAUCUUUUAUUUUUCGAGGGACUAAAUGCCAUUUUGUUGAGUCCUGCUGACAUGCACUGGCCUGAAUAGUGAAUGUGAGUGUGCCGGGCCAAAGACAUGUUUGUGCUGGAGGAUGUGCAAACACGGAUCCUGUUCCUUCAUAUGACACACUGUAGACAUGCCUGCGUGCAUCCACACUCACGCUACCUCAGAAUGCUUCACCAGCGUGAUGAGAAACUCGUUUUUAUAACCCCUUCUGUCCCGGCCAGUCGUGAGUUUAAAAAUGGGACGAACUAACUCGUCUCCCUGUUGUGUUCUGUGAGUUAUGACAUAACAGGUUUCAUUUGAAUGUUGAU